UAUAAUAACUUCUCUCAGUAAUGUAUAAGCUUCACAGUGUGCGCUGUCGAUACGAGUGACUCCAAUCCGCCGUUCUCUAUUCUGAUUAAUCACCAAUCACUGUUUAUUUAUAUCCAUCUAUUGGUAUUUAAAUUUUGACAUUGAAUAUUACUACUAUGCAUACAUACAUUUGUCAAGGUCCGCGUGGUGAGAAUCGAUGUGUCAAUUGACUGAUAGCAGGUAUGGAAGUAAGAUUAUGAGUUUAAUUUACAGUGAAGAUAUUAUUGAAAUUUUUUGGAGCGUAAUAUGAAAUUUAACGAGCGAAGGCAAUUAUGGAUUAUUGUAAUAACUGCUUUAAGUUCUACACCAUCAGAGGGGUCAGAAGAAGGUAUUUCUUGUUACAAGUGCACCGUAGCCCCCCUGAGAGGCUCGCCGGAGGCGUCUAGUCAAAUCUGCAGUCAAUUUAAAGAAAAUAGACACUUUCAAGUUUACUGCCCAAAGUCCACCAUGUGUAUGAAACGUACCAUUUAUCACAGACUAGUCAACGGAUCGAUAAUCAACACGAGUGUAGAGCGAGAUUGCGCUUCUCAGCUUGAUAUUUUUCAAGCUUACGACUAUAAAGAUAGACAGUGGAGGCAGCAGGAGGAGAUAGUUCAGACCGCGUAUCCGGAGGAUUGUUUUAUAGGCGAAGAUCGCGGUUCGCCUGGUGGACCUCCUGAAUAUUGUUUUUGUAGGUAUAAUUUGUGUAAUAACAGUAAAAGUAAUCGAGGGACUUUCACACUUCCUGUUAUUGUUUUAUUUUUAAUGAUACUUCGUUAAAAAAAAUUUCUUCCGCAAUAAAAAAAUAAAUAAAUAAAUAAAAAAA